UCCGUCGGUGAAAUAGGCUCUACUAUGCUGAAGUGGAAAUAAACAAAAUAAAAAUGGCCGCGAUGAAUGAAGAAAAUGGUAUGGCCGUGCACGAUGAGCAGGGGGAGGCGUCAGGACCCUCACUGGCUCGUCAAAAACUGGAGAACUUGCUGAACAAGAGCAUGCGUAUCCGCAUGACAGAUGGACGGACACUGGUGGGGCUGUUUCUCUGUACGGACCGUGACUGCAACGUCAUUCUCGGGUCUGCGCAGGAAUUUCUGAAGUCCACAGAUUCAUUCUCACAGGGGGAGCCCAGAGUGCUUGGUCUCGCCAUGAUUCCUGGCCACCAUGUGGUCUCCAUCGAGGUGGAGUCUGACAGUCUGCUUAGCCCACGGGUCAUUUGAUGGAGCAAUAGGCAGCAGGCGACUGAAGAACAUGGCUACCCACAAUACCCAAAGCUACCCUUCGUGGAAACUUGACAUUACCUGGCUGUCCACAAAGGCUCCAAGUUCUGCUUUGAUGCAGUCUACACACAGAACUGCUUGUGCAGGCUCAAAAAAAUGGCCAUUCCAUUGGCAGCUUAACAUAUACUCCCCACCCUUUAUUCAACAGAAGUCAAACUGGACCCAGCCAGACUAUCUUGUAUAUAUGAACUGUGUACACUUAAGCAUAUUUUCCAGAGACAAAAUUGUGUGUGUGGUGUCCAUUUGCACAUUUGUAGCAACAGUGCUGAGUGAACUUUAACAUUCUGUUUAUUACAUUGAAAAUAAAUGUUUUAAAUGCUAUGCUACAUUAAUGAUUACUGAAAUUAAUUUCUAGAAGCAUGGACUAAACUGACCAUUUCCUAAUGAGGUGUAAAAUGGCAGGUACAUGAUGCCUUAUCAAUAGAAUACAGGAAAGUGAACCAGUAUCACCCAAAACCCACAAGCUCCAUCUAUAAUUAGAACCAUUUUAAUAAAGAAUCAUACACUUAUAUUUCAUAUCUAUUUAAGGCAAUCAGUUUGGCCAGUUUACAUAGACCAUUAAAUACUUUUCACUGCACUUCAGUGCUUGUUUUUGACAAAAUGGCAAUCAUUCAAGGUUUUUGUGCAUCUGGAGUCUGCUUAAAAUAAACAGAUUUGUUGUUCUCAA